CCUCCGUCUUCCCUAUUGGGACCCGCCUCUUCACCCUGCGUGCAUGAAAUGAAGACAGUCGCUCAUCAGCCGUGUCGAUGGAUUGACAAGGCAGGAUCAGAGCAACUUAGCUGGGAAGAUGACCUCCGAGAAAAUCGCGAGACGCUGGACAGGGAGGUGUGGCUCAUAAGUUACAGGCACUCGUCAUACUGGAGUGAAAACGGAGGGUUGUCCUCGCUCUUUCGUUGGCAUCGAGAUGGGGGAUCCCCGAUAAUAUGCAUAGUUUCAUGCACACACCCCAAGGACGAAGCGCCAUUGCCUGCCAUCCCAUCACAUAUGCAUCUCCCCGCAACGAGAAAGGGAGAAUGGGAUGAGAGCGUAUGGUUUUGGGACCCAGGCUUUGGGCUUUGGGCUUUGGGGGUGGGGGUUCGGCUCUCACCGACUCGCCACCGACUCCCCGACCUCCCCCCGCGGUGCUUCCGAUGGUCUAUUCUGGCAAUGAUGUGUUUGCUCAUGAACAUGCGUGCUCCUGCCUGGGGGGACAACCGUUGUGUUGGUGAGAUUGGGGGCCCAAAACGCCUUGUUAUCCUCCCCAAUCACCUCCUCCUCCGAGGCAGGAGUUUUGAGGCUUUACAGCACCGGCCGGUACCGCUCAGAUACUGCAAGCCAAUGAGAGGGAUAAGUCUAAAGUGAAGGGAAGAGCGUGAUGUUGUUUCGUUCUGACGACAGCUGGGUGCACCAUGAAUGACUGGUCAGUGAUUUGAUAGAGACCGACCCCAUUCCGAGAAAAGGGGGAAAGAGGUAGCGUCGAUCUCAAAGAAGGGGGAGGAGGUUCGGCGUGUGUAGGUAUCCAUGUGAAAAAGACAGGAGUAACUGCCGCGUGGUCGGCGAUCGACACGGGCCACGUUCGGUACGCGGGGACGCACGCAGGUAUGCACGCACGCUCGUUCGCUUAUGCCCACCUUGGAAGCGUAGCAUAUACACGCAUCACUAUACCCGCGGAUAGGCAAGAUCGUCCAUUGGGAACGUGGUUCACAAGCCGUUCCUACUCGGGAGCGAGGGGGGUGGACGUCCUGUAAAGUGGAGGCUCGAGGCGCAACGUCGUUGACAUUGGCGCUGGUGUCCACAGCCUAUGUCAGCUGGUCCGAUCCUGGUGGCGGCAACUUCGG